UCGAGAGAGACAUUUUGUCUAGUCGUCAUCCCGAAAUACUUAACUCGCCAACGAACUGUCUUGAAUGCUGAGACACGUACUUAGUCCUUUUCCAAGAAGUUAUUUGAUCAGAUCUGCCGAUCGAACCAAGUAACAAUUAAGAUGAGGGGGAUCUCUAGCUUGUCCACCACAGAACACAAACCGCCUGAUAAAUCCGGUUGUGGACCAGCAGGAAGAGGAUAUUCCAUGGUGCGACGAAGCACAGCGAACAUUCGACUGACACGACCACUACAAAACAACCCUUGCAACAUGACGACCAGGAGGAACUACAUGAUGGUCUGCAUUGCGUUCUUGUUCCUGGCCAUGCUCGACUUUACGUCCUUUCCGACGCUCGUUCAUGCGCGGCGGCACAUGCUCCGCUCGGAAAAGCGCCUUGCGGUUGAGCGGGCAGCCGCGGCAAGGGGCGAACAAGUUGCUGCGGAAGACGGUAACGCUUCUACGAUGAGUGGCGCUUCUGCAGCGCACCCCGCGGGCGCUGGUAAACCCUCAAGCUCGUGGUCGGGAUGGCUUGAUCCCACGUCGUGGUUUCCGCUGUCUGUUUUUUUUGGAGGAGGAGAACAAGAACAAAUGACUAGCGACGUUGCAUCUUCGUCGACGCAAAGAACGCACCAGCGCCAAACAACUAGAAACACCACUGGCGUACUACAAGAAAAAACUGCUGACGUGGAUGUGGCAGGAGUGCUUCAGCCAGCUUUUUCGUUUCUCGAAGUCGGCAGUACGACGAGCGCUUCCACCACGGGUGAGAUGAUCUCCGUCGAUGCGUCCAAGAAAGCGCAGCAAGAAAGUCCUGUAAGAGGGAAGGAGGGCGGCGAGCAGGAGGGCGCAGCACCAGAUGCAAACACGGUUCCGAGCAGCAGGCCAGCGGCACUCGGGAACACGAGGGAUACGUCGGACGCCUUGGACGCCACCAACUCUGCGAGGAGAUUGUCAACGGCAGUCCUCUCGAAGGAGAAAAAUAACAACGCGCUGGACCUUCCGUCCCUGAGGCUUUCAUCUCCUCCUUCAUCCGCACUGGACGCUAUUGCGAACGAUGUUGCGGACACGACUGAAAGCGAAAUCACUUCAUCGCGUAUUGACCAAGCACACCGUAAUCAGGCGGACCAGGAAACGAGGGGUACUCCCUUAUUUUGUUUUUGCUUUUUGUCCUGCUUUUGCAACUUCCGCGUCCAGUCAAAAGUUCCACUCGCACAUUUAUCAUGCGCUUGGCGUUGUUCCUUUCAACUGCAUUUAUAACCUUAUGCAACAGGUAAAAAACGAAUCGAUGGUGCGGCAGCUUCCAGCCUAAACGAACGACCAGAUGCAACGUCUACUACAUCGACAUCCUCUACAGGAAGCCGCUUGGAUGCAAGUGACGUCGAGGAGGUGGACGAACGACCUGUCGCUAUCGGUGCGGGGAAGCAGCUGCAAAAAAAUGCAGAAAAGCCUGAUAAAAGGCGAGAUCCAGCAUUCGCGUCUCGAGCAUCGAUGCACGAAGCAGAGGAAGUACAAAAAGUGAACACGAUGUCUGCAUCUACCGACGCUGCUGGAAGUAGCAAGAACUUGGACACCGCCCCUACACUGGCUGAUGCAGGUCCGGCCCCUGAGACGCGGGCGAGAAGCACUUUUUCGGCGUUGAAUGAAGGUGAACACUCCCAGCAAUCUUCUGGAAAACAACAAACGGCUUCCACCAGUGCAAGAACAAGCGAAGAAGUUCUCGUUGCUGAUGCCAAGGGUCACAAAGUGAAGGACAGAAGUGGAAAAUUCAGCCAACUCCUCGACGGCGUGGUUGUUCCUGCUCAAGCACAAUCUUCUCUUCCCGACACCAGUGCUGGAAGCCAUGAAAACCGAGCAAUUUCAUCAUCCCAAAAGAACAAAGCUGGUGCGCGCGCGGGCAGUAUUAUCAUGCAGAAAAUUGCUAGUACUUCCUCGUACUUUUCUCAUGUAGAUUGCUGCAUAUGACUGUAGUGACCAUGACGACUACUGCUCUUUCUUGUGUAGCGUUCAAGACGCUGAUGUGCCUGCAUGCCGUGUGCAGUUCCGCGAAAUUAACAAAUUUUCGAACAGAUCUCGUUGCCGUAUUUUUCAUAAAGAUACAUCACGAUAAGUGUGCUGAAGUUGCUAGCAAUCUUUUGUGUGAUGCAAGAGCAAAAAUUUUCGACGGAUGUCGGUCCGGAUCACGCAGGGUCGUCCGGCGCCGAAACUUCGCCUUUGCAUCCACGUCAAAUAGACAAGCUUCCCUCUACGUUUUCGCCUUCGCAACAAGAAAGAAAGGCCACUGUCAAAGACGCCCUCGCCGGUCAUGAAGCUGUGAAAGAGAAAAACACGAAAAGAAAAAGCAAGAAGAAAGUAGUUGCAGAAGCCGACGACGCGACUUUGGUAGAAGAAGGACAGGAAGUGAAAGCUCCAACUCCUACGACGGGAGCGGCGAAACGCGUGGAGAUCGAAGAAAACGAAGCUGCGGAAGCGAGUCUCAGCCUGCUCCCAGUUUCUCCGGUUCCACCAGUGGCAGUCGGGGACGGGGAUUACUCAGCGCUUGAGAUGAAUGGCAAAAAAAGUCAAGGAUUUUUCGCGGGCUUCAAAAGAGGAAUGAAUGAGAUGAAAUUCGCUGACGCACCUUGGCGGAACCCUGAUUUGCCGCUCCAUGAUUUUUUUCUGCGGCCGUGGACCAGGGUGAAAACAGCGUCAACCAGGCCAGAAAACGGAGAAAGCAGGCAGAUGGCAUAUGCACGCGGGCGGGUGGAAUACGCCAUGCGAUACGCGAUUUGGACAGUGAUACAAAUGGACCACCGGAAAGCAGAAUUUUUGGAAUCGGACGACGGGAAGAAGUUCGCGAAGAAGAUGCGCGCACGCGCAAGGGAAAAAAAAAGAAAAAGGCAACAAAAAGAAGCUGCAGAAAAAAAGGCACGUGAGGAAGAAAAAGAAGCUGCUGGAACUGGCGCUGACCAGCCAACUGCUGGAGAAAAAGGAGAAGACCAUGGCGAAGGAAGAGAACAAAACCUGGCGAAGGAAGAGAAGACGAUGGCGAAGGAAGAAGGACCUAUGGCUGGCAACGGAGGGCAUCAACAACAUGAACAUCAUCAACAUGUCGCCGCGGAAGAAGAGGAAAAAAGUGCAGGAAAAGAACAUAAUGAAACACCACCACAGAACCCCGGUCCCAAGGAGGACGAACACGACCAAGCUGUUGAUUCAGAGGAACAAGCCGCCGCUGCGCUACUCGAAAACGACUGGGACGACUGGGUGGAGGACGACUUGGGCGCUGUUCUGAACCUAAGUGCAAAACAAACGAAUAAAGCAUCAGAACCAUUAUUGUCGCUGACCGAGAUAGGUAGUCACGUCUAUAUAUUUUGAUGCUAACACUCAUACUCAAGUUCCAGUUGCGAAUCACUUUCAAUGCGAUUGCAAAAUGUGUUUUAAUGACUUACAAACACGGACCGCAUGCGCAUGCGCAGGCGCAACUCGCUAAGGGAGUGUGUCACUUUCCCAGGCCCUUUUCUCACUUCUCCACGUAUCACUUCCCGAAGUGCCUCACUUCCCGACCGCCCCUGAAUCUGCAUCGCCUCCCUGCAGCUGGGUUGGUGAUGCGUAGAGUCGCUCACCAUGCGUUUGCCUAGGGGGGCCGCCGGUGCGACGGCGCGGGCGGGCCGGAUGGCGGCGACGCUUCAUUUCUUCCCGCGUCGUCUUUGUCCUGCCAACCACGUGCUUCCGUGUUCGGUGCUUCGCUUUGUGCACUCCUUUGCAAUGCCGCGCGCCGCAUGCUUCGCCUCACAUUCACUUUCGUGCCAGCAUGCAUGAGAGCAGGUGGCUGCCGCGGGGAUCGUGCUGCGCAGCUGCGGGCGCCACUGUACUGCUGUCGCCAGAUGGUGGGGAAGUGGGGGCUGACUUCCCCGCUGCCACACCAUUACUGAAGCAGUGCGUCCCCACCAAUCGGGAAGUGUUUUCCCAUGAUGGAGAAGUGACGCAUGGGGAGGUGGCUCAUUCUAUAACCGAUCGAGCUGCGCUGUCCACAACCAACGCGAUUUGGUGGCGUUGGUCAUGGAAAUCGGUCUCGCACACACGUAACGCGAUCGCCCCAAGUGCGGCCCGUUCCGUGGUGAGAUGACUGACGAGGCCCGUCCGCUCACUUGCAGGGUCCCGGGUCAAAGGUUUAUCCAGGACCGCCGCCCUAGCUAAAAUCUUUGCCCAGGCUCUGUGGCGGGUGGCGCGACGGCCCCCCCAGCCUGUGGGUGUACCAGGAUCAGGGCGCUCACUUGCUGGGCCCCGAGUCAAAGUUUUAUCCAGGACCGCCGUCCUAGAUAAAAUUUCUACCCAGGCUCUGUAGCUCGUGAAGCGACCCUGCUCCCAUUUCUUUGGUAGAUCCUGCAGCAAAACUUUAUCCAGAAGAUCCAUCCUAGAUAAAGUUUGCACCCUCGACCAAGAUCCCGAAUGAGCUAGCUAGCUACGAAGCGGACCGUGCUCCUGGAAUGCGAUGGAAUCGCGUGAGAAUCUUGAUGGACCUGAAUGAGCUGAGCCUGCAGGAUGUAGCGCAGCAAGAGACUGGCGCCACUUGCUUGCUUACUUGCAGGCGGGGGAGUCGCGCAGCUGUUGACAACCAACGAGCCCAGCGCAGCAGACGCGUGCAAGUGUGUGCGAGUGUUCUCAAGCCCAAUAGCAAAAGAAAAAAGAAAGACAGAGAAGAACAGUAAUGAAUUUGCAGCACUCAUGCUGUUCAACCUAACACACAGGUCAAGACUUUGUUACGGUUGCGUUUCUCAAUUAUGUAGUGCAAAAAUGUCUAGGUCUGGAUGAGUGGAACACCAGAGCAGCGAAAGCUAUGUCUUAACAAAAUGUUUGCGUUUCAUUUGCAAACUAUUGCUAUUUCCAAUCCCGCAGCAUGCGGAAAUCGGCCCACGAGGCGGUCUCUUUCGGGAAAUAUUCGGAAAGGUUUUGCGGAAUGCCUUGGGGCAUUCCGAGUAAGUAUCUCGGAAGAUUCCGCGGAGUAUCAAUAUUCGCCAAGUGCCUACAGCUUGUUGCAAUCGGCCCAAGCUGCGGGCCCCUUCCGGGAAUAUAAUUCGCGAAGAGCCUGCGGUUUGCGUCGCCGUAUUCUGUGGGAGAUGUGCAAACGCUCACUCCACAGCAUGCGGUAAGCGGCCGAGUAGGCAGGUCCAUCGGGGGAGCAUUAGCGCGGGUUCUUUGCAGUUUUCGGCUUUGCGCCACGUCUGCGCAAACAGCCCUCAGCGUGUGGCAAUCGACUGAAAGGGCUACCUUUUUCGGCGCGUAUUCGCAAAUAUUCCUGUGGAAGAUUGCGGAGCAGUUUGAUGCCAGGGAUUUGCAUAGAAGUUAGUGCUCCGCAAUCACAACGAGAGUAAGGGAUCUACUGCACACAAACAGGUGGGGCGGGUGAGUAUGUUGCCAAAACAAGCGAUAACUCACGACCAGUGGGCGGGCGGGCGGGCGCGCAGGAACUGGCACGAAAACACACACAGAUGGGCCUCAACUGACUAACAUAUCAAGGUCGCGGUAUGUCCCUCACGCACCUAUCUUCGACCUCUUUGUUUCGGCCUGCUCAACACGUCGAGUGCGCCUGUAGGCUGCACCGAUACAAAGGACGGGCAAGCAACGUGGCCCUGCGCGCACGCGCGGUGAGGGCCAUCUUGGCGCACUGGCCUUACCAGGCUGGCCGUUACCAUACUUGUUGACGAGUAUGGAAACUGCCAGUAGCUGGCGAUAUUUUUCAUACUCACCCGGAUGAGUACGUAAAAAUCGCGAGCGUCCUUAGGGGGCGCGAGCCUUGUCGGCGCCUGCGGCCGGCGCAGCGUCUUUUGCUGCGCGGCGUCCAGCCGUACGCACGCGCACCUGCUGAAGGGCUGUGCGCGUUCGAACAGCGACUGCGUGGAAGACCUCUAGGGUCCGUGUGUAGAACGUCGGCUUCGCACCCGAGAAAGCCGGCGCUCUGUCUUUUGUGUGUGGGCAGCGACCUCAAGUCCUGGGACUUGGCGCUGCUAGCGGAGAACGCGGUCGUUGCGCACGGAGUGCACUUGCUUCCACCUCGCGGCAGCACCUCUACACCAGACGACGCGCGUCUCCACUGGAUGGCGUUAUUUGUGUCGUCGCCCUCUUCCGGGGGCGGCGCCCACGUCUUUGGAGUACACCUCCGGUUAGCGGUAGCACCUUCACCGAGCGUAGCGUGUACCUCGGUGGAGUGCACCUCCGCUUUCGCGGCAGCGCCUCCUCGAAGCACGAUCCGUGUUUCUGUGGAGUGCAGCUCCGCAUGAGCGGCAGCUCCUCUUCAGAAUGCGACGGCUGCGUUCACUGAAGCCAGCUGAGUGCGGCCCGCACAUCUGCAAAAGUGCACCGACCUCUGCUUUCGCAGCAGCAACUGAGUACAGUGCGGCGCGCACAGCACCUCCGCAAAGUGGGCCUCUGCUUGCGCAGCAGCACCUGAGCAGAAUGCUUGACGCACGUCCGCGCGGAGUGGAGUCUGCGCAGCCGUGGAGUGCGCCGCUGCGUUGCCGCAGCACCUCCACAAAGUGCCUCACGCACAUCCGUGUCCGUCGGCCGGGGGGCCUCGACGCACCGGCGCGCACUGCACGCAGACUGUGGGCACGCUGCGCGCGGCUUCCUUUUUUCUUUUGGGGGGGAUAUGACACGCGGCACGCGGGUUGCCUUGCUUUUGUGUGUAAUUUCGACAUUGCCAGGCCGUACAACACACGACACGAGCAACGAUCGAACGGGAAACCGAAAGACCCGCACGUCGUUGCCCGGAGCGGUGUUGUCUCCGUUAGCUGGCAGCGCUUAGCCUCAUCCUGCUUUUGAUAAUUGGCCAGAGGUGCAGCGUAUUGCUACAUCAAUCAAUUCCAAAGUAGGCGCGGUCACCCAGACCCACUCUUUCGGAGUUGUUAACUCGAGAGCAUCUAUCCUGGUUAAUAUCUCGGAGCACCCUCCCGGAUGUUUGCAAAGAGCCACGGAAGCGGGUUGCUUCUUGAGGCGUUUCCUGCUGCAUGGUGCGAGGUAUUUGCACGGAUUCCGCAGAAUGUUUGAAAGCAUUUCGCAGAAUACUCGCGAACACUACCCAAAAUUAAUGGGUCGCUUUCCGGGCAGAUUGCCGGGUGGUGCGGGGUACUUCUGUGUUAGCAUUUGGUAAAAUUUUUCAAGAUAUUCCGCAAAAGUUCGGAAGCCUCUUUCAAAGAUCAGAACAAAAUAUAUGUAUGACUGAAACUACUGAUAGCGGUACAGUACUUCUGUGCACCUUUGCAGACCGAGACAUAUUUGCACUGGACGCCCAUGCGGACGAAGGGCUAGACACGUCGGCCAAGCACGUCGUGGAGACAGAAGCAGAGCUGCGUCGUGCCGUUUUUAGUUACCUUGGGCAAGUACGAGCCCGGUACAGCAAAGCAACCUCUCAAAGAGCAAUCCUCCUCGAUGACAUCUACGUGGCGAUGACGAAAGCAAUUGGACAAGUUGCAAACCUCGAGGACAGCGAAGCAGAACGACUAACCCAGAUAGACGGACUCCCGGAAAAGAUGAGAGGCAUGUAUUGGCCGCUCGCGAAGAAUACACGACUCCACGAAAGCGUUGGGCGAUCCGUAGCGGAAAUACUGAAGAGUGUUCCAGACAGCGUCGUGUCACCCGAUACGGAUACCUAUCCAACUGGCGACUUUUUGCCGCACAUAUACCAGGGCGAUCGAUACACACCCGGCGACAGAACAAAGAACGAGGACGGCGGGACAGACGGAGGCGAAUCUGCUCUGAAGCGUUCCGACUCGGUUUCAUCUGUGCCCUCCGGAAAGCACGAGAAUGAGACAGGGCGGGACGACUAA